GUGAAGGCGUUGUUGAUGAAGACGUUGGAUGGGUACGCGAGCGCCGUGUUCGCGUACGGGCAGACUGGUAGCGGAAAGACGUACACGAUGUUGGGACGCGCGGGGGCGCGACGCGGGGCGAGCGAGAGCGCGUCGUCGACGCGCGACGACGUCGAGACGGCGUCGACCUCGUCGCCGACGAUGAAUGACGUCGGAUCGGACGAUGGUCUUAUUGGGCGCUCGAUCGAGUACUUGUUCGACGCGCUCGGGCGCGAGGCUGCGGGUGGUGGGGAAAAGGCGCCGACGAAGGUCGUCGUCUCCGUCACGAGUUACGAGAUUUACAAGGAGAAAGUCAUCGAUUUGCUGGCGGACGAGUCGUCGAAAUCGCUUCGCGUGCGUUGGCGAAGCCGUGAUGGGUUCUAUGUUCCAAAUCUCUCGCGACGGGAGUGCGCGAACGCCGGCGAAGCUUUGGAUUGCGUGCGCGAGGGCGCCGCCAGACGCCGCGUGCGAUCGCACAAGAUGAACGCCGAGAGCUCGCGCUCGCACGCCGUGCUCACCGUGCACGUCGAGCGCUACUUUGGAGCGCCGCGCGCGAACGGUGGUGGUGAUCGCGACGAUGACGUCGGCGCUUCUUGCGAUGAUUCCGGAGAUGUGGAGAUCACGCGCGGGAAAAUGACUUUCGUGGAUUUGGCUGGGAGCGAACGUUUAAAGCACAGCGGGAGCGAAGACGCCGGUUCGCGAGAGACGAGCCUGAUCAACAAGAGUCUUUUCGCGCUCGGCAAAGUGAUAUCGAUUCUCGCCGACGAAUCGCGAGAUGCCAAAGCCACGACACCACACGUGCCGUAUCGCGACAGCAAGCUCACGAAACUUUUGAUGGAUUCGCUCGGCGGUCGCUCUCUGACGCUCAUGAUCGCCUGCUGCUCUGCCAACGAGCGACACGUGGAAGAGACCAUCCGCACGCUUCAAUACGCCGCGCGCGUGACGUCCAUAGUGAACAUUCCCGAGUCGAACACAUCUCGCACCACCGAAACCAUCGACGCGCGCGCGUCU